UAGACACGUAGAAUAUGAGAAUACGGCAGAUAUUCAAAAGGUGGACCUUUCUUCCAACAGGUACUAUCUGAUUGUCAUAGAAAUAGAAGUACUGCUGAAGAUGUCGGAACUAACAAGGACCCUACCGGCCUCGUGGUAUCGGAGCUUGCCCCUUUAUCAACUAGAGAGACGGGGUGUGUUUAUGAAGUCCUGGUACCUUCUUGGUCCCGUCACUCGUUUCCUCAAUAUCGGGGAGAAAGUUGAAUAUGAAAUAGCUCAACAGCAUAUUUGCGCCUUCAGAACAAGUUCGAAUGGCGCUUUUCCUGGACCAGGUGAUAUCAAGGUCACCGUUGUUAAGGAUGGAACUGAACUGCGGAACCAUGUGACUCCUACCGGACUCGUCUUCGCUACUCUAUCCAACGAUGCGCCUAGUUUUCAUGAGUUCUAUCCCGAUUUGGAGCCGCUGCUGGAGAGGGUAGACUUCACAAAACGCCCGUACCGACGCAGCAUUAAGUACGAGGGAAACUUCAACUGGAAAACGAUGGUUGACGGAUACCAGGAAUGUCUACAUUGCCAGUAUACUCAUCCAUCGUUCUCCGUAUAUUAUCCACCAACGUUCUAUACGGUAUACAAUCACAAGAAUUUCUCACAACAUGUGGCGGAUCCUAAGAAGCCUGAUGAUGGUUUGUUCCUUUAUUUCUUCCCCAAUUGCACAUUGAACGUCUACGGCGGAGGCAUGUCUUCGUUCCGCGUCUGCCCAACAGCAGACCCGAACGUGACCCGGAUGGAGUUCGACUACUACCAUUUGGAAUCGGGAGACCGAUUUGAAGAAUAUUACAAAUUCGUCCGUCAGGUCGCCAUGGAGGAUUUCGAGUUGUGCGAGAAAGCACAGGAGAAUCUCCAGAAAGGCGUCUAUAAUGAAGGGAUUCUGAAUCCGGAAAAAGAGUCCGGUGUUGCCUUUUAUCAAGAACGAGUUUUCGAUUUGGUCUGCGAGCAAUACGAAUCAGAGAAGCUUAAGCUGGUCGAGACCGAGCACGGACCUGAGCCAGAAAGGGAACUUGCUCCUGGGGUUGUUUCGAGCGUUGCAUAGUUAACUAGUUAGAUGACUAUGUGGUCUGUCAUCAGUCGAGAAAAUCUCAAGUUACAAAAACCACAGUAAAAUGGAACGGGAGG